AUGCAAAGUCAUGCAGUGGAGGAGGAAGAAUUUCCUGCACCAGUACAGGCCGGGCCUGGUGGACUGCUCAACAGCUUUGCAGCAGAGGACAUGGGUCCCGGAGGACACCAUGAGGCAGCCUGGACCUCCGGAGAAAUGGCAUCUGACAGUGUCCUGGUCUGCAUUAAGAAGAUUGUUGCGAUCACACUGCAGCAGGUAGGCUAUUUUGCUUUGGAGGUGAGUCUGUUGGAAAAUUACCGCCCGUGUGCUGCGACUCUAGGCCUGGGGCAGUGUAGUAGCAGUAUAAAAGCAGGCCCUUCUCCUCACUCUCUCAUCCAUUCCUCUCACUUCCAUCUCCUUGAGAACAAGGUUUGUCUCCACCGUCCAGACAUGUCCUGCUACAACCAGUGCCUGCCCUGCGUGCCAUGCCAGCCCUGCGGCCCGACCCCGCUGGCCAACAGCUGCAAUGAGUCCUGUGUCAGGCAGUGCCAGGACUCCACCGUCGUCAUCCAGCCCUCCCCCGUGGUGGUGACCCUGCCCGGCCCCAUCCUCAGCUCCUUCCCGCAGAGCACCGCCGUGGGCUCCUCCACCUCCGCCGCCGUCGGCAGCAUCCUCAGCUCUGAGGGAGUGCCCAUCUCCUCCGGGGGCUUUGGCCUCUCCGGCUUGGGCAGUCGCUACUGCGGCAGGAGGUGCCUCCCCUGCUAAAGCUGCCGGCGACGGCCCUGGGGAAGGGCCUCGGGGACCCACAAGAUGCUACCGGACUGGGGACGGAGCAUUGGGUUCUUGUUCUCAGAGCGGUUGAGCAACAUCAGCACCCCUUCUAAAAGAAUGGGGCCAGCCCAGGCUCUCUGAGAUCACGGCCCACGGCUGCCCUCCCCUUCUUCCACUCUCUCCUUUCCCUCCCGUGUCCUUGUUGCCUUGUGCUCCCUGGGGCUUGGAGCCCCACAAAGCCAGCCUAGGGAGGCCCUGCUGGCCCUGCUCCCUCUGUGGGGCUUGUUGCAGAUGGACACCUGCUGGGAUCUCUGCCACAGCCGUGGUGCGCACGCACCUUUCUGUCCCUGGUGCUCCCUGCACUGGCACCUCAACUCAAAGCAACCUCAUUUCCUCCUUUGUCUCAUUAAAGCUCUGCUGCAUAUCA